AUGGUAGAGAACAGCCAUGUAGACUCUGGUGGGAAUCAGUCGCUUGAGGAUUCGCUCGAGACGUCCUUGAUAACGCUAUGGAGGCUCUUCGAGAAGCCCGUGGAUGUCGCGAUAUCGCAGAGCGUUGGGGCCUAUCGUGGCCGUGACGAGGUGCUGGUGGCGGAUGUGUUUCGUGAGCAGAGAGUUGGGAUAAACCAAUACAUGAGCGCGGCAUUGCAUAUCGAGGCAGUGCUUUCGAUUCUGACGGGCACUUGGAGUCUGGAAGCGAUGCAAGGGGGACUGGUUGACCUUGCGGUCGGCCCGAACGACGGCGUGCGAGAUUUCUAUGAGAUUACGAGGGACCCCGAGGAAGUUUACUUUUGCAAGAAUGAGAAAAUCCACAGCACUGCGUUCGCAAAUUUCUCUAUCUUCGGUUUAUCUCUCAUCUUCACCAUCGGAGGCAUAAUCAUCAUCACCAACUGCGUUAUCGAGUUUUCGCUCCAAUCGCACCUACGAUGCAUCCAUCGGCACCGGUCCCGCAUAUCAUACAAGCGUCUGGAAUGGAACUCAAACUGUGUGAUCCAACUUCAGCACCUGGCACACGAGAGCGCAGGCUGCGGCACCUGGUCGUCCUGUGAUGAUACGCCGGUUACGCAACCGGGAGAGCGAUUAGCAGUCCUGGAUGCAAGAAACGUCACAUCCUAA